GCCGCGAGCACAAGUACUGCAGCGAGUGUGGAUUCGGUUGCGGUGGCUGCUGUUUUUUCUCGCGACUGAGCUGCAAGGGUGAUAAGGCGCCGAGCAAGCGAGGGACUUAUCGGCGUGACCAGCCACAGGAAACGCGCCGUUCCUGGACGGGCUGCCGAUGAUCAGUCAGAAAAUGCUGACACUCUCGCUGUGACCACCGCACGACGCGAGACGCACUUACCCUCUACAGAGCAGCUUCGACAUCCAACCCCACACAAUAUGGCAGGAGAGGAUAUGGACAAGUUUACAAGUAUUUUCUUGUCCGGAUUUUUGCCACCUGGUGAGGACGAUUUCUUUGUGGCAGAUUUACCACCUCCGCUGGAUGAAUUUUCCAGCCCCGACUACGGAGACAGUCUUUUUGACAGUUCAGACCCUUGUUGGAGCACAACGAUGGUGGUUGACACUCAAAAUGAUUGGUCAAAUUUUGGAGGAUUAUUUGGUGAAAGCUUUGCUGACACUUCUGCGACCAGUUCUCUUUCAAUGCCUGAGCGAACACUUAUGUGCACCGACGACUGCAAUGACUAUCUCUCCGAGCUCAACACCGCCCUGCAGCUAGUGCCCGCUUCAGACUCCCCGCUGAUCGAGCAGCUUGACUCACCCUCGGUAGUGCUGGGGGUGAAUCUUGAAGGGUGCAUCGACCCACCGGAGGUAGAGAAGGAAGAAGACGAAGUCCCAAUACGCAAAGCAAUUGUCAUCAAAACCAAGCAGAAAAGCGGCGACGAGCCAAGGACUUUUAUUUGCCCCUACCCAAAGUGCGGCAAAAUAUACGCCAAGUCGUCGCACCUCAAAUCGCAUCUACGCCGACACACUGGAGAAAAGCCAUUCAGGUGCACGUGGCCAAACUGCGCGUGGCGUUUCAGCCGUUCCGACGAGCUAGCGCGUCAUCGGCGCUCCCACAACGGCCACAAGCCAUACGAGUGUCUCCUGUGCGAAAAGCGUUUUGCCCGAUCUGACCACCUGACCAAGCACAUCAGGGUGCACCUGCGCCAGGGCUGCUUCUGCCUGGGCUGCGAUCUGACCGCCUUGCAGAACGGAAUCCGCACGCGGCUUCCCGCGCCUGUGGGAACGAGAAGGGGCCGGCCCCCGAUCUACCAUAGACUGCCUCAGUACUGCAAUAAUGCCGACUGCACUAACAAGUUCAGGGCCAGGGCCGCCCAGAAGUCGUGAACUUGUCACAACUUCAAAUUUGAACCGAAUGAGCAAUUAAUUUUUCCCUAUUUUUAAGUGGACUCUUUAAGAUUUUCUCUCCAAAGCAGCAGUUUUGGGCAGCUCUAAAACUUUUGACAAUGAAUUUUUGUUCCCGGUAUUAUUCAAUUCUUAAUAUGUGUGCUUCGUCACUGGCUUUCUAUUUGCGGCUAUUAUACCUUAUUAUAUGCAGCAUAAAAAUCGGUUUCUUCCCAUUUUGGAAUUUAAUCAUUGGAAUUUAAGGUCUAGGCAGCGUUUUAUGUUCCAAGAGCAAGAUGAAAACUAGCUUGCGUUGAAAAUGCAUGUAUGAAAAUAAAAACACUAAUGAAAGACGAGUCGCCACUUUUUGAUCUCAAGCUUUGAUAAAUCAAUGUUUAAUGCUAAAUAGAGUGCCAUUUUUCUUGUUUAUGUGUUCUGAAAUAUGCACAUUUUUGCUUUCGUUGUAAAUAGGAAUUAAGUAUGAACCAUUUAAUAAAUGCUGACAAAAACAACAAAAGUUUA